UUAGGAAAUUGAAAUUUCAGGGUCCACUUUCUCCCUCGCUCACUUCCCUAACGCCGUCCGACAUUUGAAGCCCUAAUCGCCCAAAUUGAAGCUUCGAGCAGUUGGUUUUGAACUUUGCAGUUAUAUUUUGAAGUUCUUCGUUCAUGGAUCCAGAAGCUGCACGCACUGCCCGGGAAUCCCUGGAGUUAGUUUUUCAGAUGUCAAACAUUCUUGACUUAGGGUUGGAUCGCCACACACUUUCUGUGCUCAUUGCACUCUGUGACCACGGAUUAAACCCCGAGGCACUAGCUGCUGUGGUCAAGGAGUUCCGUAAGGAGCCACCAUUGACAUCCUCAACUCCAACAACUCCAUCGGUUCCUUGAUUACGAUAAAAGGAAGGCAAGUGAAUAUAGGAGAGCCAUGAAAUGUUACUGCCACAAAGCGGAUAUUAAAAUUGUGACAAACUUGAGAACAGGCGGAUUUACAUGAUCAUCAGUGAGGUCUGGUGUCGCCACAAAAUUGUUUUAGUAUAGUGUAAUUUUUUUUAUGCUCCUUACCAUGCCAUCAUUUUGUUUCGUUGUGUACUACAAUGUUACGAUUUGAAUUUUUUUAUGGAUCCAUCUUUGGUUGUUCUUA